UCUGCUCCAUGGGCGGGGCUUAAACUUUGGGGACAAUGUUCAAAUGUAUUAAAGUGCACCAACGAGAACAGAGACCACAUUGCUCCGUGCACAUGCUAUCGUGUUGGAUCCGUCAUGUGGACGUUUAUAUCUGCUGUGUUCACCAGAGCGUGUUUUAUUCUUGUAUCGCUGGUAGGAGUCUGUAGAGUGGCAUGGGUCAAGAAAAACCCUUACUACUGGCUUCUGACGCUCCUCUUCCUACCUCAAGUCGCCGAGAUGGUGAUCACCAUGACAAGGAGAAGAGGAAAAGAUUAUAAAUGGUAUUCUCCAGCCAUUCUUCUGUUCCUCAUCAGCAUCAUUCCCUCCAUCUGGAUCCUGGAGCUCCAUCACCACCAGAACAUUUCCAAUGAGCCACAGUGCAACCGUCUGGACUCAUGGGCGGCUCUCCGAGAUUCUUUCAAUGGUCAGAACGUAACUUCGCAAAAUAUCACCUCCAUAAAUGAAUCCUUCAAUGUGCGUCUGGACAAGUUUAUCUCGGCAGUAUGCUCCAAAGAGUGGAUCCUGGGUCUCCACAUGACCCAGCUCAUCCUGCUGAUCGUGGGCAAGUGGUUCCUCCCCAUAGGGGGCGGAGUCACCAGGGACGAGCUGUCUCAGCUUCUCCUCAUAUUCGUUGGAACUGCGGCAGACAUCCUAGAAUUCACCAGUGAGACACCAUCACUUGGAUCCAAAGACAGCUUUCAGUUGAUCUACAUGACCCUGGCGGUCUGGACCUGGAGCAUGUUGCAAUUCCCAUUACAUCUAUCCGUGGUCAACAACAAGCCAGAAGACGAGGGUGACCGAAGCUCCUCGCUACUGACCAGACACAGCACAGACCUGUGGACUAUUACUCAGGCCCUGUUCAUCCACGACGGGCCUUUCCUAGCGGUCAGGCUCAUUGUCCUCAUACAUUUCAAAGUCUUCAACCAGAUGCUGGUCUUCUUUGCCAUUAAGAACCUGUUGGUGCUCGCCCUGAACGUGUACAGGCUGGUGGUCAUCUGCCAGGACUCCAGGUCAGAUAAUGGUAUAUGAUGACCCACAUACAUCAUCACACACGCGCGCACAAACACAAUCACAAUCACACACAUUCUAACUCACUCACCAACACACAACACAUACACACACACACACACACUAUCUCGCUCACUAACACAUUGACACACACGCACACACACACAAACACACAGGGCCGGCGCUCAGCAUAGGCGAACUAGGCGAUCGCCUAGGGCGGCAAAUGUUUUGGGGGUGCCCUCUGGUGGCGCCCUUAAUUAAUUAACAAAUAAUAAUCUAUUAAUUACCCCCCCCACACACACACAAAGAGGCAGGUCAAGCCGGAUACACCCUUAACAUGCUCUACAAAAUUAAUCAGUUGUUGUAUUCAUCACGUGGUGAAUAGGUUACACCAAUGAAAGGGAAAGGCAGACUUUGUUUACCAUGACCACCACCACCAACAGCGAUGCCUUAAUUAGGCAUGUACGUCCGAAGCUAACUCCCUUAAUGUUUUAUGAAUAGCCCCGGAUCUCAUUUAAAAAACCAUAAUCAAAAAUGUGUCAUUCAGAUCAUACAUUAAAGCCCUCAAAAAGAAUGUGCUAUUCAGUGUGUGCUAUAUGUGUCAUUCAGGCAGCACUGGGCUUCUCAUUUCACACUGCUGCAUGAAUUGUAUCUGAAAACGGUGUCAGAUUGUGUGUGUUUGCAUGUGUCUGUCUGUGUGUGUGUGUGUGUGUGUGCGGUGUGUGUGUGUGUGUGUCAUAAUCAUAAAUAAAUCUGGGACCUUCUGCAUAAACUAACAGGGAAAGGACAUAAUAAGCACAUUCGGACUGAGGGACUUUCCCUCUAGUGAGCCGCUAUGGGUGUGGCAUGGGAGAGAAGAUCCACCCAACUUCACCGUUUAGUGGCUCAGUUAGCGGCCCAGGUAGUACCUGCCUCAGGGUAGGAGCUUUCUGAGCCACUCCUAACUAGUCAAUGCUGAUUGGCUACGGUUGAGGCGGGACACCAACAUUCGAUAUAACAUUGAGUAUGUAUUGGGCGGCAUGUGGUGGGGGGCGGCAUGAGGCUCAGGAGUUAGAGCGGAAGGCUGGUAACCAGAAAGUUGCUAGCUCGAUCCCUGGCUUUCGAGGUGUCCCUGAGCAAGACACCUCACCCUAACUGAAUGGGUGAAUGUGAGGCCAUGGUGUAAAGCGCUUUGAGUGGCCACUGGUUAGAAAAGUGUUAUAUAAAUCCAGUACAUUUACCAUUUAUUGGAGUGAAGUAUGCAUGUGGUGAAGUUUUUCGAUUUUCUAUCAGAAAAACACACUUUAACAUUACAGAAAAACAGGCUUACCAUUUGCCCUUGUCUAAGACGUUGUGUUGCAUUUCGCUGAUGUAAAUUUCUUUAAACCACAACACUUUCUCUGUUACCUCCUUGCUGCGUUCUGUUUUGAGGUUCCUGUAUGGGAAAGGACGCAGAGGGGAACAAAGUGAGUGGGCGUAGCCAAAACACUGAGCCGCUUUCCAAGAAUUCCCUCAUUCGGAACGAGCCUAUUAAAGUAACAAAGCAGCUGGAGAUCAAAGACAAUAAAAACCCUGUAUAAAGGACCAGAAGAAAUAGCGACUGUUUUUAAUAGCCAUUUUUUCAAUUCUGUACAUAGCCCUCAAAGUGGUCCACUAUACUCAUCACCAAUUGAUAUUACACAGCCAGUCUUCGCUCUGACAGAGAUUUCUGAAUCCAAAGUUAAGUCUAUAAUUACUUUUAUUAACUUCCAAAUCAAAAUACAUAUUUCGACGGGAUUCUAUGUUUUUAAGGAAACAUGCUGCCUCUUUCACAGGGCCAGUAACUCAAAUUAUUAACACCUAUAUUAAGGACAGAAAAUUCCCAAAGGACUGGAAGUCAGCCACUGUUGUGGCAGUCUAUAAAUCAGGGGACACAACUGAUAUAAAUGAACAGUUCAUUCCCCCCCUGAGGAAUGAACUGGGCGUACCCCAGGAAUCUAUCCUGGGCCCUAUUCUGUUCAGACUUAACAUAAAUGACCUGCCAUUAGUAUGCACUCGAUGUGAAUUUCAGAUGUAGUCUGAUGAUAGUUAUUUAUGUUCAUAAAAAACAAAAAACAAAGCCCAAGCUGCUGCCAAACUCAGUGAUACAAUGGCAUUUGUACAUAAAUGGCUUGCUGACUGACAGUUGCAUCUCAAUGUAAAGAAGACAGUCUGUAUGUUUUUAAACAAGACUAACACUGUUUUUCACUUCGAACUAAAGGUUGUUCAAACAGUUACACAUUUUUAAUAUCUAGGUAUUAUCCUUGACACGGCUCUAUCCUUCAAAAACCAAGUGAGAAAGGUCAUGCAAAUAAGGAAGCUCUGUCUGAAUGUUCUGAUCAUUCCCCACUUAACAUGACCUGGACUCAGGUGAAUAGUACAACAUGAAGGCCUAUUUUAUCACUUCACAAACAAGCGCUUAAAGUUUUUGACAGAAAACCCAAGCUUUACCAAAACCGUUACAUCAUUGACAAAUAUAACUUGUUCAGCUGGGGAAAUAUUAAACUGAUUUUUAAGAUUAUCAACGGCAAGGCUCCACCACCCCUCUACAUUUUUAUACAGCAGAAAAAAAUCCAACAGCAGAACAACAAGGUCUGCUCUAAGAGGGGACUGUGUAGUUCCAAUUAGUUCCAGCUCCUUUGGUCAAUUAUGUUUCUCUGUCAGAGCCUCUAAACUAUGGAACCAAUUGCCAGUGGAGAUUAGAAAUUGCACCUCCCACCAUACAUCCAUCCAUUGUUGUCAGUUUUAUGAACUUUAAGAAAAUAAACAGUAGACUGAAACUGAUGAAGUAACAGCGAAACACGUUGUUUACAUAAAUACAUUAGCUUACCAGUGUGUGGUGAUUUUACACAUUUUUUGGCUUUAUACCUUUGACAGAAUUUAAGAGUGCAUGUUUGUCUGUUGCUAUGUAUUCUUGUAGCUGUCCCAUGGUAGUUUGUAUGAAUGGUUGUAUGGUUAUGGAGCCUAUUGGCAUCAUGUUAUACUGUUGUUGUCUGUUGCUGUCUGUAUUCUUAAUAUGUUUCAAUUUUUAGCCAUCCUGUGCCUAGUUUAACAUCUUGCCAAAGGACGACAGUUGAAAAUUUUCCUGCUGGCUAACACUGGCACAUUUACAGAAAUGUUGAUUAAUGUGUGUGUGUGUGGGUGUGGGUGUGUGUGUGUGUGUGUGUGUGUGUGUGCAAGUGUCUGUAUGUGUGUGUUUGACAGAGACAGUAAAAUUAAUUGUAUUAUUCCAAUAAAGUAAUAUUGACAUAAAUACAUUUAACAGUUUCUCAGGUCUGGGACUGUCAAGGUCAAUAAAUGUUUAAUAAUAUUUAAUGCAAAGUAUUCUGCUUCUAAACAAUAAUAUUACUAGUUAUUAAACACUGCUUAUAAUGUUAAUCCCAAUUAAUAAUUAAUCUGAAAUGUGAACACCAGAUUUUUAUGUACACAUUUUAUAAUUAUAGGAUUUUGUAAAAGACAAAAUAAAUGUUAUAUAUAAUCAAA